CUUUAGAAGUCUGUUAACCGUAUUUUAAUCUCCACCAUCUUUUGCUCCUUUCUUCAAGUUGUUCCUUGUUAUAUUUAUACCAAACCAAAGCCAUAAUAACUAACAUUGCUUCACUUUCCAUUGCCAUUGCAUUGUCAUUGUCAAUAGACAUUUUUGUCAAAUGUCAAUGUCAAUGGCACCAUCAACUUUUUUAUUAUUGUCCGUCUUAUUAACCUUCAUUAAUGUUUCUAUACAAAUAGAUCCACCACCAACCUUUAAUUGGCUUCAAGAAGAAUACCUAAAAGCUCAUAAUGAUCUAAGAAAAAGUGUUGGUGUUCCUCCUUUGGAAUGGGAUGCCAAAUUAGCUGCUCACGCAUUUGAUUGGGCUAAUCAACGCAAGGAAGAUUGUGAUUACAGGCGCCAUUCGCUCGGGCAAUACGGAGAGAACAUCUUCUGGGAGAGCUACUCAGCCACAUCUGCGACUCAAAUUGUACAAAAAUGGUUCAAUGAGAAGCGUAAUUUUGAUGAGGUGAACAAUGUUUGCAAAUGUAAUCCAGAGAGGGAAAGAUGUGAAUGUGGCCAUUAUUUAAAUGUAGUAUGGAAGGCUACAACAAAAGUUGGAUGUAGUGGCAAUGUUUAUUGCAAUGACCAAAAGGGUCUUUAUAUUGUAUGCUCAUAUCAUCCUAUAAGGAAUUAUAAAGGUCUCAACCCUUUGAAUCCAACUAAUUCCUCUAAAUUUUGAAGUAGUUAACAUGCACGUUAAUCCUUCAGUUUUUGAUGUAAUUUAAUUUUGGUGUACUAAUUAUUAAUACCUAUGAGGCAUGGAUAAAAUCUGUGCAAACUUUAUUAUUUUCAAA